AUGUCUGUAUUCCAUAAAGAAGUUGUUGAACGAAAAGAAACUGCCAAGAACGUCUUGGAGAAGGCUUUUUUGGUUGCUUGCUUACUUUCUGGCAAAGAAGCACAUUGCAAACAGAAAGUUUCUUAACUUGAUUAAGUUUGCCGAGGAUUCCCUUGCUGUGAACCAUCUCAAAUACUUCAAUCACAGGGCUGCAGGACCUAUCCGAGGAAUCUUCCUCGUCUUGGGAGAAACCAUCGAGGAAGAAAUAGUGCGCAGUGCACAAAAGGUCCAAAGUUAUGGGCUCAUGGUGAAUGAAGUCACUGACAUCUCUGUGCAAUCCCAAAUGCUUACAUUCAUACAGUUUGUAAGCCCUGUUACUUCUUGCAUGGAGAUUGCACUUCUGUUAGUGCGAAACGUCCUAGAGGAAUUUGCAAGUGCCAAUGCUGAUGCCUUUACAUCCCUUAUCAAGGAUGAGUUGCAGCAGUGUAGUUUAAGUCUAAAAAAUCUUAAAGGCUUUGCAACAGACAGAGCUUCAGUGAUGACCGGAAAAAAGAACGGUGUAGCAACAAAGCUUUCAGAGCUCAACCCAGUCUUGAUCAGUGUUCACUGUAUUUGUCAUAAGCUGGCCUUAGCUUGCACUUAUACAAACAAGGAGAUUGAUUACAUAGAG